AUGAUCUAUGGUACGGGUAUACGAUUGCCAGCGGAAUUUUUCGCACCAGCAAAACAAACGGCCAACGCGGAAUUCGCAAACCGUCUGCGAGAGCGAAUGAGCGAGAUCAGACCUCUGCCGACUUCACAACAUGGCGAGAAGAAAACAUUCAUGUUCCGCGAUUUAGAAACGUCGCCGUACGUUUUCGUACGUCACAAUGCAAUCGGAGGAACACUGCAACCACCGUACGAUGGCCCCUAUCAGGAUAUACAGCGUGGGGAGAAAACCUUUAUCAUACGUGUGAAGGAUAAAGGCGUAAAAGUCUCCGUAGACCGUCUAAAACCCGCCUUCAUCGUGUCGGAAGAUAUUGAGCACCUGGAAAGGAAUGCACAAGCCCACGACGUGUUUGUACCUAGGAAAAUCUUCCGACCGCAAAGCAGCGAGCAAGCGCAACAACCCGACGGAGACGCAAGAGCGCAUUACACCACGCGUUCGGGCAGGAGAGUUCGUUUUCCUGUCCGCUUUCAAGCGGGUUUGAAUUAA